AUGCCGCUCAUCGCCUCAAAGACAAUCAUCACCUCCGUCUCCCUCUUCCACCUCACCAUCGCCUUCUUCUUCCUCACCAACCCGCACGCCAUCAACGACCAGACCCUCGUCUACGUCCUCGGCGAGAGCAUGGGCAUGCCCGUCACCCACGGCUUUGACGCCCAGAGUCCUGUCCUCGCCUUCCUCGCCGUCGUCCUGGCCCUGUUCGGUCUCUGCGACCUCAUGGCCCUCUCCAUGCCCGAGGAGCUUGCCUCUCUCUACUACUGGGGUGUCCAAGCCCCUCUCCGUUCCCUCUUCAGCAUGGCCCUCGUCUUCUACUCGUACUUUUGCGGCCCCUCCUCGCCCGUCUACGGCGCCGCCGCCCCGCGCUCCUCCCGGCCAGCGUCCACAUCCGGCCGCUCCUCCGCCUAUGAACCAUCGGUCUGGGGCGGCGACGGGCUCAAGAACCGCGUCUUCUUCACCUUCAUCUUCCUCGAGAUGAUCAGCUGGUUCUGGAUAUGGGUCACGCUACGCGAGGAGAAACAGGGCCUCAUCGAGCGCAUGCGGAAGCAGCAUUCGCGUGCUAAAUAA